AUGCGCCCCUCCAUCUUAAACGUCUACCCCAGAUCUUUCCGGCUUGCCUUCCGCCAGCCAUACGCGACUUUGGGCACAACCAGAAAGGUUCUCGCGAGGCAACGCAACCGCCACGACGCGCGCGAUCCUCAAUUUGGAGGCGGAGUACCUUCAUAUCCAGACGCGCAACCCCUUCACCCCUUCAAAGUCUACGCAAUGGACAUGCCCAACAUGCAAUGGUGGGCCAAGCCCGCCCCGACCAUCACCGGAGCUCCCGCACAAACACCUGGCGGAAGCUUCACGAUACCCGGCCUCGGAAACAACACACAAAACGGCUCCUUCCCCUUCCCUCAAGCCGCACCAGCUUCUCAGGCCGCGCCCGGCGGCGCAAGCCAGCAGCCCACUCCCUCCAAGGGUCCCCGCGCAAAGGCCAUGAACGACCGCGAUAAGAUCGUAGCCCCUUCACUCGCCUCAGGCGGCGUCCCCGACCCGACCGCAGAAUACCUCCAACGCGCCUCCAUCCCACCGACCCUCCUCCCGACCCCGAAGCCUAUCCUCGUGGUCAUGGACCUCAACGGCACCCUCCUCUACCGCCCCAACCGGCGCAACGCAACCUCCUUCGUCGAGCGCCCGUACGCCAAGCGCUUCCUGCAAUACUGCCUCGACACUUUCCACGUGGUCAUCUGGUCGUCCGCCCGUCCGCAGAACGUCCAGUCCAUGUGCGACCAGCUCCUCCUCGGCCCGCCCAUCCCGGGCGGCAGAGACCGGGGUGAGAUCCACCGCCGCGUGCUGGCCAUUUGGGGCCGCGACCGCUUCGGUCUCUCGAAGGCCGACUACAACCUCCGCGUGCAGGUGUACAAGCGGCUGCAGAAGGUGUGGGACGACCCCCGCGUCAAGUCGUCGCACCCGGACGCCGAGUACGGCGGCUGCUGGGACCAGAGCAACACCGUGCUCAUUGACGACUCCCUCGAGAAGGCGCGCAGCGAGCCGUACAACCUGCUUCGCAUCCCCGAGUUCUUCGGUAACGACGCGGAGCCGGGCUUGGUGGUCCCGCAGGUUCACGACUACCUCAACUCGCUCUGCUAUCAGUCGGAUAUCAGCAGCUACAUGCGCACAAACCCAUUUCAGAUGAAGGAGGACUACAAGCUGGAACCGCCCGAGGAGAAGUAG